AUGCCUGUAGUGAAGAACGAGAUCCUGAAACAAGAGGAUGUGGAGCAAUGCAACCCUCAAGGCUAUGUAUUCCCAGCAGAGUUGAAUUUGGAAGUGGAUCCAUUAAUUGGAGCAAACAUACCUGAAGCCCUACAUGUGGUGAUUUUAUGGAUGCCACCCUAUCUAUCCCACAUUUAGAGUGAGCAGGCGCUACGGUGUCCAUCCGUUUAAAAAAUGUAUUGAAGAAGGAGUUGGAGAUUUCAAUCAAUGCAAUCACUUUCUGAUCUGAUAGCAUGACUGUGUUAUGCUACAAUUGAAACAAAUCCAAGCGCCUCCACACUUAUGUCGCUAACCGUGUCGCCUUCAGUAGAGAGGAUUCCAGUCCCUCACAGUGGAGAUACAGAGUCAAAUUCUAAUCCUGCAGAUGAUGCUUCACAGGGAGCAACUGCAGAGUCCUUCAUCAAGAAUGACCACUAGAUAAAGGGGCUGGUGUUUCUGGUGAAAUAGAAAUCUGAAUGGGAAAGGUCCCCUCUGUGUGGUGCAGAAUUGGAAGAAGAUGACCCAGAGGUUAAACAUCUUGUGCCUACAUUCUGGCCCCUUAAAGGCCUAUUUCCAACCUUGAUGCAACGCGAGCGGCAAAACAAUUUCGUGUAACAAAAAAUUCCAGAAACUUUCUAAAAUUGUCUUUGUCAAGAGCCAUCCGAGUCAUUUAGUCAAUUUUUUUGUGGUAAAUACACUCGCAUUCAUCAUUUAAGAGUUUUCUCAAAGUAUUUUAAAUUUGGAGAUUGUGCCCUUCGAAGUGAAAGGUUUCUAACAAUAUGGUGGCCGCUGCAAGCUGACUUCAUGCUGGAAGACCAAAAUUACCUGGUUCACUGAAGACGGUAGGUCUGAGAGAAUCCGUAUUUAAUCAACGGAGAGACAGGAAACAAAGUAGUGGGUUUGCAGAAAAAUUGAAUAGUGAGUUUGCAGAAUUUCUCUUGCAUCAAAGGUGAGGUUUUUUAAAGUCAUGCUGGAUGAUGGCAUUUUUAUUAAUGACGAGCUCACUCCAUCAAAAAUUGACUACUGUUUUCCUUGUGACAUUUUAGAACGAGCAUCAACACUGGCCAUGGAUUUGAAGAGAUGGGUUUAUUGUUUUCUCAUGAAAAUGUUUCUGGUAGGCAUGUUACUAAUGCAGAGACCAUGUGUCACAUAAUUUGUCCAGCUUUGUUAGUGAGCAGGUAUUAUACAUCUCUUUACUUUUCUUUUCUAGUGGAAGUUCCAGUAAUUUCUACACCAGUUUGUAGAAGCAUGCAUCAAGUUUUGUGGAUGUGACAGGGGAAACUCUUGACAGCUACAAUCAACCAAGCCAAUUGCAAAACAGAAGGGAGUUGUUUGACCAAAACAAAAGGAGCUUCACUGGCAAUCCGUUCUCUCUUGUUAUGCAUGGGUGGCAGAGAUGUUGAUUUUAACAGCCUGUCUAAAGAUGAUGUUUCAGAAGAAGUUGUACAUGUGGUUUCUUGUUAUGACAAUCAUCAUUUUCCUGAUUUGGAGCAAAGGUAUCAUUCUAAAUGCAACAUUCUCUAA